GAUAAAGACUUUGGCCAAGACCAGGUCUGAGAGUCCCUGGAGCAGCCGCAGCCACCAUGGGGCCCUGGGGAGAGCCAGAGCUCCUAGUGUGGCGCCCCGAGGCAGCGGCCGUGGAGCCCCUCAUGCCAGUGGGGCUGGAGGUGAAGUUGGGGGCCCUGGCGCUGCUGCUGGUGCUCACCCUCAUCUGCAGUCUGGUGCCCAUCUGUGUGCUGCGCCGGCCCGGAGCUCACGCAGAAGGCUCGGCUUCCCGCCAGAAAGCCCUGAGCCUGGUCAGCUGCUUUGCCGGGGGCGUCUUUCUGGCCACCUGUCUCCUGGACCUGCUGCCUGACUACCUGGCAGCCAUAGAUGAGGCCCUAGCAGCCCUGCACGUGACGCUCCAGUUCCCGCUCCAAGAGUUCAUCCUGGCCAUGGGCUUCUUCCUGGUUCUGGUGAUGGAGCAGAUCACGCUGGCUUACAAGGAGCAGUCGGUGCCACCACCUCGAGAGGAGACGAGGGCUCUGCUGGGGACGGCGAAUGGUGGGCCGCAGCACUGGCAUGAUGGGCCACGUGUCCUGCAGGCAGGCGGCGCCCUGGCAGCCCCCUCGGCCCUGCGCGCCUGCGUACUGGUGUUCUCCCUGGCUCUGCACUCAGUGUUCGAGGGGCUGGCGGUGGGGCUGCAGCGAGACCGGGCUCGGGCCAUGGAGCUGUGCCUGGCUUUGCUGCUCCACAAGGGCAUUCUGGCAGUCAGUCUGUCCCUGCGGCUGCUGCAGAGCCACCUGCGAGCGAAGGUGGUGGCUGGCUGCGGGAUUCUUUUCUCAUGCAUGACACCUCUGGGCAUUGGGCUGGGUGCAGCUCUGGCAGAGUCGGCUGGGCCGUUGCACCAACUGGCCCAGUCUGUGUUGGAGGGCAUGGCAGCUGGCACCUUCCUGUAUAUCACCUUCCUAGAAAUCCUGCCCCAGGAGCUGGCCACUUCCGAUCAGAGGAUCCUCAAGGUCAUCCUGCUCCUAUCAGGCUUUGCCCUGCUCACUGGCCUGCUCUUCAUCCAAGUCUAGGGGGCUCCAAGAGGGGUAGGGAGGUUGGGUGUCAGGUGCCCCUGACCCGCCUCCGCUCCUCAGGAGUGGGCAAGGGCGGUGUUGAGGACCUAAGAGCUCUCUGGGGGGUUGGGGCGGGACCUCUGGGACUAUCUGUCCAGUGAGAGGGAGGUGGGCAGACAAGAGCCUAGACCCCAGGCCCAAGGGACAGGGCAUGGUUAUAUCACCAGAGACAUGACCAAGGGACAUUAGUGUUGGGGAAAAUACUGCACAUGGGAACAAGCUGACCCUGGGGAGGCUGCAGGUGGGUAUAGGACAGAGGGUGUCGGCCCAGUCAGCAGCCCGGUCGUCUCUAGCCCACUUCCGCCCUCUGCCAUUUGGAGUGGACCCCUCCCGCUUGGCUUAGCUCCUGCUCACACCUGUCCCCCUCUCCCCUUUUCCCAAGGCAUCAGUGCCAAGUGGCCUCUCCCUGCCAGUUUUGGUACCUUCUCCGGCUUCUCUAGCCCUGCUCACUCCUCUGUUUUUAAAGUGCCAAAUAAAAUGCCCUCCCUUUCUCAAAGCACAGUGGUGGCAGUGAGCCCUGCCUGGCCCCUGGGUGAAGGGGGUCCUCUUGCUCUCUCUGUUAGUCCCAGAUCCCGGGGUGGGGCAGAAAUGUUUGCUGGGUUGGGGUGUGGGGAGGGCCACCGCUGCACCCUGUGAACAGUGAACAUGGACAUGGUGCCUCGUACCCGCGAUAAACACUGAGCUGCCAAAACUUUUUUAUACCAGAGGAGCCCAAGGGGCAAGGGGAAGGCUCGUCCCCUGCCCCCGGGGUUAUUUUUGGGGAGGUAGGGCUGUGUGCAUAGGGUCAUAUUCUCUAGAAUCUAUUUUACUUACUGACUUGUUUUGGGACAUGUUACCCAAAUAAAAGAUGUUUCUGUACA